GUUGUAAAAUAUUCCUAUAUUCUCAUAAAAGUAAUUAAUACAUACAUUAGUUUUUCUUUGCCAACAAUACUUUGCUUUCUGACAAAACAAUGCUUCUCUCAAAAUGAAGUAAACAAAUAAUGACUUCUCCUACAUGUUCAACUAAAAAAAAAAAAGAUACAAGUUUCUCUUAUGUUAUACACAUUUAUAACACCUAUAUAUCAAUCAUCAAAUGUUUCUACACUUUAUGUUUUUUUCAUCAACAACAUAUUCUUAUUUGCAUUCAUCUGAAGUUUAAUGAAGGAAGGAGAUAUAUCUUACACAAAUGCCAAGAGAAAUGAUGGUGAAUUACGCGAUAUCGUGCAAGAAGAAGAAGAAGAUCUUGCACAAUCAAUUGAUGAGAGGAUGAAAGAUGUCUCAAGUUUUCGACGUUUCAACAGAGUUCCUGAGGAACUUAAAAAGGGAAGUGAAUGUAGUUACUCUCCUAAAUUAGUCUCAAUAGGUCCUUUUCAUCAUGGAGUUGAUAACCUUAAAACUAUGGAGGAACAUAAGUGGUGUUAUCUCAACACACUUGUGAGUAGAAAACCAGUAAACACACAAACCAUAUUAGAUAAAUGUGUGAAAACACUAAGAAAUUUAGAGGAUAAAGCAAGAAAAUGCUAUGGUGAAAACACAUUUGAACAAAUUGGAAGUAAUGAGUUUGUUCAAAUGAUGUUACUUGAUAGUUGUUUUCUCAUUGAGCUCUUUAUCAAGUUUGUUAUAAAGGGUUUUCGACGUAGAGAUGAUAUACUCUUUAUCAACUAUGACAUGUUUUUCCGUCUUAGAUGUGACUUGAUUCUACUCGAAAAUCAGAUACCAUUCUUUAUCCUUCACCAAAUGUUCAACUUAGUUCCAAUUCCUAAAGAAUGUACUUACUCCCUCAUGCAACUUGCUUUACUCUUCUUUAGAAAACUGAUUCCUGGUGAAGGACUAGUAACUAUAGAGAAAUUUGGUCCUAGUGUUCACCAUAUACUCGACUUGAUUCAUCAUUGUUAUCUUCCAACGAGUCCACAAGUUCACUCGAAUGGAACACAAAAGCAUAUGCAUAAUGUGUUACAUCUUCACGACGUAGGGAUCAAGUUCAAGAGAGCAAUAAGUGAUAGUGUCAUGAAUGUAAGGUUCACUAAAGGCAGAGUCUUGGAAAUUCCAUCAUUGAAAAUACAUAGCUACUCUGAGAUUUUGUUCAAGAAUAUGGUGGCAUUGGAGCAAUGUGGAACCUUUAGAAGUGGAACAAAGCACGUUGCGUCUUACGUUUACCUCAUGAAAAGUCUUGUAAGGUCUGCAGAUGAUGCAAGUUAUUUGACAGAUAGAGAGAUUUUGGAUAGCAGUAUGUAUAAUGAUGAUGAGAUAUUUCAACUGAUGAUGAGGCUUCAUGUGGAGUUUGAUGUCAAGGAUUUUUACUAUAGUGGACUUUGUGAGAAAGUUAAUGGAUAUAAGAAGAAAAAUAAGUGGAAAAAAUGCAGCCAAAAAUUUAGCAAUGUAUAUAAGAAGACUGCCAAAAGAAUUUCAUGCUAACAAUUUUUUUUUUUCUUUAGUAGUUUUAUGUUUUUGCUGCAAUUUUAGUUUCUUUUGUUUGCUUUUUUAUUGCACCAUACUUGAGAAAUUAUUAU